AUGUACUCAAAAGCUCUCGGAGAUAAGAAGAAUAACAAAUUUAUGAUCCUAAACCAAGAUAGUAUCCCAGUCUUUAGCUUUUCAGAGACUUACAAAAGAAUAAUGGAGCAUGAUCAUUCCAUUGUCAACAUUAAGCCAAAUAGUUUUAACAUUGAUGGAAGAGACAGGAGGUACUAGCAAUUAAAAAACUUCUUUGACAGAGACGAUAUCAUUCAGACUGCUUAAUAAAGUGUGUUACUUAGAAAACACGUUCAAAUGUUUGUAGAUGAGCAAGAAUAAAUAAUCAAGACUUUCUAACCAGAUCCAAUCAACUUCCCACUGAGAUAUCCAAGUGAAAUUAUUAUCGGAACAACCUUGAAAUAAAAAGGACUAUUAGAUGAAGUUAUCAAUCGCUGCAUUCAAUACGAGGACUUAUCCACUGGAAAUGAAAACUAAAUUGGAUUAGUUGGAUUCAAUCACAUCUUGGAUGCUUAGCAAAACUGCCUCUUUUUGGGAAGAAUCAGCAAUGAUUGCUUAGUAGAUUCUAAAGCUAAAUUGAUCAUCCAAGGUAAAGAUAUUGAGGCUGGAAGAAGAAAACUUCUUUAGAAUUUAGAACUUUGA